GUUUUAUAUUUUGUAGCGCCAAGCUGGUUAAUAGUGUAGUGCGUUGGAUUGAGUUCUGGUUUCGCUUGAUUGCAUUUGUUAAUAAGUGUAAGCGCAUGGUGUGCACUUGCUGGGUCGUGCAUUCGACUUCCUUCCGACUAGACGCGAUCCGCUACAUCUGAGAUCUUAGUUUGUUCGGCACGAAUUUAUCGGCUCCAAUGUCCGAAAAUCACUCUAAUCAACUCUCACGAUUAUUUUAUCCUAUAAAUGAACGUGUCGGCUUGUCGAUUGGUGUUAUAUCUGGACACCAAAGCAAGCACAAACGGAAACAUUUAGUUUUUACAAUUUCACUAACGAAGCCUACGAGCAUUCAGGUCUAUCUCGUCAAGAUUACGGAUAAAAAUGAAAUUAAGAAAGUGCAAGUAUGCAACGCGAAGAAUCUGAAAAAAAUUGAUUGCAGAGAUACAAAAACUCAACCUAGCUAUGAAUUACAAAUCAUUACGGAAAAUAAGAUAUGGGUAUUUAAUGCUUUGAAAUUAGAAGAAAAAAGACAUUUUGUCAGUUCAUUUUGUCGUACGCUUGCAACACUUCUACCACAUGUGAUCAAAGAUAUAGAAUUAGUCAAUUUCCCACAAGAUAUAAAUAUUUCUCCACUUAGCCAACAUGAAACAUUGGAUGCUUUGCUUAAUCCUGAAUAUAUGUCAACGGUUGGUACCGGUGGCGAUGAGGAUAAUGUUGGCGGUGAUGAAAAAUCAGUUGAUAAAGAUAAGUCGGAUGUCAAUGCACCGGUCACUGAUUCAUACCGUUCAUUGACAAAACGUGAAGAAGAUGAUAUACGACAAUUUCUAGAUGAACUUGAUGAGGAAUCAACACUCUUAAAUGCUGCUCAACUAACAGAACGUUUACAAGAACAGUUGGCUCACAUUGAAGGUACAAAUGUUCAUUCAAUUAUGUCUUCUGAAUCUCAAGUAUUAAGUCUUAUGACAACAUUGGACAGUGCUAUUGAACGAGCUGAAUUAUUAGAGAAACAAUUAAAUAUUUAUUAUAGUUUUUUAGAGGAAGUUGAAGAUGCAAUGUCUACCCUACGUGAUCAUGAUCAAUUAAUCCAAACUACAGUAGAUAAUCGCGCAAAUUUAUUAAAUGUACUUGAACAACUAGUUGAUCGGUUAGAUGUUGAUCCAAAAUACUUCCAUGUAUUAAUGAAAGGUGAUUUAAGUACAUCUGAUGGUAUUGCACGUUGUAUCGAAGCUGCUGGAUAUUUGGAUCGUUUGCUGAAUUCAGAAUUUAAAGAAGGUGAAGAACAUCUUCAAGCUGUAGAUGAACGUAUGCAAGAAUUGAGAAAUUUACGUGAUUCAUUUGCCACAAAAUUAUCAGGUUUUGUAAAUGAUGCAAUGUUACGUUACGCCAGUCAAUUAGGAUUUGUUGUCAACACAGGGAUUAGUAUGCCUUCAUCAGAUACAAUGUCAACAAUAUCAAAUAAUCAAUCUGGUAUUGGCGGUGGUGGCGGAGGAAAUAGGAAAACAUCAAUGAUGAUUACAAGUUCUUUUCGUGUUGCAUCUGAUUUAUAUGCUGUUCAAAGAACUGACUUACUUCAACUAACUCCAUUAGUUGGCAACUGGUUACAAGCUAAUAGAAAAGAUUUAUAUAUUGGAAUUAAAAGGAUGUAUAUUGAAAAAUCACAAAAUUUUUUUAAACGACAAAUCCAAGAAGUAUUGAAGUGUACACAAGACUCCGUUGCUAAUCUUGUUCGACCUGGGAAAUCUAAAGAAAUUCAACGCUUAGAGAAUAUACCAUCAGAUGUUGGAAGUGUUAUGUCAUUACAUAAUUUAGAUUCAAAUCUUUUAACUCAAGUUGAAUCGAUCUUUGAUAGUUGUUUCGAUAAAAUUCUAACUCUAAUUCGUACAGAACAAGCAUUUUUAAAUCAAUUCUUUGGUUUUCAUUUGAAUGCAUCACAAAUUGAAAAGUCACAUAAUACCGUUAUGUAUAAAAAUUAUAAAGGCGAUGAAUUAUCUACUUUAUUCGAUUGUAUGGUUCAUUUAUUCGAUAGUGUUGAACAAGAUGUUUUUAAUUUAAUCAUUCAUUGUGAACAAUUACAAGCUAUAUUGAUUAUGCCAUUGUUAAUUACAAUUUCACGUAUCACAGAAAAUGAAAUUACAUCAUCAUCAUCAUCAUCAUUAUUAUCAUCACCUUCACAACAAACCACAACAACCAAUUUGGAUCAUUCUAAUUCUAGUAGUGGGAUUGGCAAUACUAGUCAACUACAAUUAGAAUCACAAGAUUCUGAUAAAAUUCCAAUGACAUAUAUUGCAAAUUUUUUAUCACGACUUACUAUUGAAACAAAACGAGCUUUUAAUCGUCUUGUUGAGCGUCUAAUUAUUUCAUUUAAAACAAGCAAACCGUGUAAAAAAGUACGAUGUGGUGUAUUAUCAAUGGUUCGCACUUAUAUUGAAUUCGCUGAAUGUUCAAUGACUGUAUUUGCUAAGAGUUCACGUUUAGUUGAUCUAGAACGUGCGCAUAGAGAAUUAGUACGAUGUUUAAUGACUGAAAUUGAUCGAGUUGCAUCAAGAAGUGUGAAAACACCCGGUGAAGUUGUCCAGUUAGAAAAUUAUCAUCGUCUUUGUGAUAUUCUUCGACGUUUAAAAAUGUCCAGCUUAGAUGAUUAUCGUCAAGAUGCUAAGAAUCGUUAUACUUUAGCUUUACAAGAAUAUACAAAAACAUGUAUGGGUCGUCCAUUAGAGAAAUUAGCAAGCUUUUUUGAAAAUGUUCAAAGUGCUUUGGAUGCUGGUGUACGAUCUGAAGUGGUUAGUUAUCAAUUUGCUUUUAGUAAACAAGAAUUACGUAAAGUUAUCAAAGAAUAUCCUGGAAAAGAGGUAAAACAUGGUCUGGAAAGUUUAUGUAAAAAAGUUGAAAAACAUUUAUCUGAUGAAGAAAAUUUAUUCCCUGUAAGUAUAUAUGUGUUUGUGUAUUUUCUAUUUAUUAUCCCCAUAGCCCAUAAUUUCUAUCAUCAUAUAUGAUAAUCAAUGUGUAUCCGUUUAUGUGUGUGUAUGUGUGUGUGUGUGUAAAAGUGCGUAAAAGAGAGAAACAAAAGUUAACAAACUUAUUAACACUAAUCAUAGUAAUAAUUAUGAUAUCUAACUUGAAAAGACUAUCCAUUUCUUUCUAUUAUGUAUUUGAAAUGGUUUAAAUGGGAAUCAGCAACAACACCAACUUAAUGGUUGCUGUGAUAUAGAUGGGGAUGUAUCGAUGCAAAUUAUAAAAUAUUUAUGUCACAUUCAAUAUCUAUUUUUAUUCAUCUUCUCUUCAUUUAUCUUUAUAAUACAAUUGUGUUAAAUGCAUUGUAAAACUAAACUAUUUGUUAUGAUUCUUUAUUACAUAAACUGAAAAUGACAAAUAAAUUUGGUUGGUCAAUGUAAUCUCACGUUGCUUUCAAUGAUAUUUAUAUGCUAUUGUCUCUUUUCGCUUUCUAAAAUCAUGGAAGGAUUAUUUUUUUCAUGGAAUACCUGACAAAAUUUAUGGUCUUGUUGACCUAAACAUGUGACCGCUGCACCCAAAAGACAAUUACUUGAGUUUGGUUAUACUCUCUUGGUUGAUGAUAUCCCAAAAAUUGUGGAAACAGCAGUGAUAUCUGCUAGUACGGUAAACCACAACGUUAGGGAGAAACACUGGAUCUCAGCAUCAUCUACCGCACUGAUAGAUGCUCGGAAAUUCAUUUCAUCUGGUUCUGAACAUAACGAAAAGCGGAGUCAGCUUAAACGCAAACUGACAAGAAGCCUACGCAAUGAUCGUGAACAGUGGUGGGUAGCGAAAAGACAGCGGCAAUAGGUAAUAGCAGAC